AAUCUAGUUCGAUCGCUGCGCAGGAGUUUCAAGAUUGAGCCGAGCUUUGAAAGAAACCUGUCUUCAUUCCAGACUUGACCUCUGCUAAUCGAGGAAGCGCCAUCAUGAAGACGUUUAUCGCCUUUUUCUUACUCGUCGUAGCAUGCAGGGCCUAUGAUGUACCAGACCCAAUGACCAUUGCACAAAAGAACUGGACGUUCAUACCUCGCUACCCUUGGUCCCCCACGGUCCAGAUUGGCAUCAACUACCACUCGCCGAACUACGAGUAUAUUUACUGCUGCCAACGAUAUUCGAACUGGGGACGAUAUAUUACAAUUUCGCCUCUAUCAAAGGUGAUUUACAGACCCAUAGAAUUACGACAGAAACCACUGAUUUAUUUGAACUGGCAGAUGCCAAGCAGCCUCAAUGUGGCAAAAAACUACACCUUGGUGAUGGUCGACCCUGAUACCCCACGCGCGGGCGCCAGGGAUUUUCCACGUAUCCACUGGAUUGUCGCCAAUCUGAACAUGAGGGUCAAUUGGAAAAACGACACACUGGCCAGUUACAGCGGCCCGCUUCCACCAGAUCAGAAGCCUCACCACUACGUCUUCCUACUCUACGAACAGAACUUGGGCCGAGUGGUCAAUGCAACAGCCAUGAAUGAGAGCAUACCAGCAAGCAGGUCCUUAUUCAACGUGCAAGAUUUCACGAGCCGCUUCUCCUUGACUCUGAAAGGCAUCAGCUGGUUUCAGGCCCUAAAUGACGAGUACGUCAACUACACCAAGAUCAUGAGGAAUCCAGCUUCCGAACCAAUGUACUGCGCUGGAAAGUACAUGUGGUCCCAGCACGGCUGUAUGGUGCACGCUGGAACAGAUAAAAUAUCCAUGUCCCUUACCUUCUUGAUAAUAUGCUUCGUUGCCUUGGUCAAAUUGUUUAACUAGAAUCACCCCUAUUACCCAUCUUAUCACCCAGGGCGCUGUUGUGCCACCUCCGGUGAUUCAUGCAACGCACAUGUAAUAUGCAUUGUAAGAACACCCGUAAGUGUUUCAAAGGCCAAAGCCGUUCAUUAAAAAUGUGAAAUUAGUGAUUGAAUUUGAAGGUUUCCACUUGAGACGUAAAAACAAAUUGACUAUAAAUUUCAGUACUGAAGUAGUGUAGAAAGAUAUACAAUUACUAUAUAAACAACGUUUCUGCAAAAUUGUACGCAUGAUAACCGCAAUACGGCAUUGUGUACAACUACAUUCUUUCUAUUUUCCUUUAUUUAUUUAUUAUUAUUUAUUUAUUCAUUCUAUUUUCCUGGAUCACCAAUUAUUACGAACAGCGUACCCCAUUAACAAUAUGUGUCACGUCAAUUACAACACAAAACUGGCCCUUUGCCUAACUAAAGACAUGCCAAAUCCUUAAAAAAGUACAUGUACAUGAACUGGCAAAAUUAUACUGUGCCGAAACGAUACAAUUAUAACAAAUGGAGUCAACAACAUUUUCAAACGAGAAAUCCAAAUCAAUGCAGUAUUGAAAUGACUGUUAACACAUUAGGUAUACAUAUAUUUCACCUUAGUUUUACAUCAUUUAGAUAAAAACACUACAUGUUAUAUGACACUAGCAGAUGUCUCAAAAUGUAUAACUAUCUGAUGUGUAGAGUAUCAUAUCUUGAGGUAGCAUAUCUUGCAUUCACGGUUUGUAUACAUUGAAUUGCUUAAAUAAUUUUAGAAUAUGUAACUCAUUUUGUGUAUAACAGUGUACUCAGGACAAUUCAGGCUCUGUUAAAAGUUAAUGCUCUCUUUUGUCAUGCUCGGGUGUGACUUGACUACUAGAAAUACGCACCAACAGAGAAGGGGCGUACAUGUAGCUGGAGGAAAAAAUGUGGUUUUACCAUGAUUUUUAACCGAGUUAUUUUACUGCACCCCCUCCCCUUCUCACCCGAAAGCCUUCUUGAACCACCUUUUGAAUCACCUCCCCGGCUAGAAAGCUAGCUACACCCAUGAUGUACUUCGAUAUUUUGUGGCGUUGUACUAGAAAUUAACAGAUUCUAUUUCUAUGUAACUGAAAUAACAUAUUUUACCGUUUUUCUCUUUAUUGGCAGUAAUAAUUGUACCGGGUCUAUAGCUAACUGUUAAAAAAGUUGUACAUGUAGGUCGCCGUCCGCGAUAGCCAGAUUGGGUUGACGUAGGAGCCACGUCAAAGAAUAUGCCCUUGUUACUGGCACAGCCGGUGUAAUGUUUUUGAGUGUUUCUGUUUUUGAGUGUUUCCCCUCAUUGUUUGGGAACGCUCAAAAAUAGAUUGACGAGUUUUUCUGUGUAUCCCCCCUAUUGAAAAGUCAUGGUCUCUCUAGCUGCCUAUUGUUUGGAAACACUGAAACAUGGGGAACAACCACAGAUGUUACACCGGCAAUGUGUAGGCCGCCAACCCAUGCAUGCGAAUGCCGCAAUUGUUUUGCAAUAUGCCAUCGUUUACGUUGCAGAUUGAUGUAGGUUGAUGAAAUAAAUAAUAACCCGUUCACAAAUAA